CCGAAAUUCAUCCUUAGCCUAAAAUGACACGUGCAAGUAGCUAGCAUUUGAGUUCCGCGCGAAGAACAUCGUUUUCUGGAUCGUCUGUCAGACCCUGUCAAUAGUUUAAUUGAUUAUUAUUGCUACUCAAUUAAAUUAAAUUUAGGUUUACAAAAUUUUUGAAAGAUGGCUAUGUGGGUAUUCGGCUAUGGAUCUCUUAUUUGGAACCCCGGUUUUGAAUAUUUAGAUAGUAAAGUCGGUUAUAUCAAAGGCUACAAUCGGCGAUUUUGGCAGGGCAAUGACUUUCACAGAGGUAACCCUGACAAGAUCGGCAGGGUAGCAACUUUAGUAGAAGAUGAACAGGGUCUGACUUGGGGAAAGGCUUUUUUGCUUGGUCCAGGAGCCGAUACUUCAUUGGCUUAUUUGGACAAACGUGAAGCUCAAUUGGGCGGCUACUGCACGACAGUUGUCACUUUCCAACCCCGAGAUCCUACGGAGGAGCCUUUUCCAGUAGUAUUGUAUACAGCACUUCCGUCCAACCGUCUGUACGCCGGUUCUGCACCCUUGCAUCAAGUGGCGACCGAAAUUGCAGAAGCGAAAGGACACUGCGGUCACAAUGCGGAAUACCUGAUAAGGUUGGUGCAUUUCAUGAAAGAGCAACUACCGGACGUGUGGGACGAACACCUGUAUAACCUAGACCAUCUUGUCCGUGCCCGCCUGAAAGAAAUGAAUUUGUCAGUGGAUGAUGUCAUGGGUGUAGAGAAACCGUUGGCAGUUGCCGGACUAGCUGAUGACUGUCCCGACAACCUUGAAAUCAGGCAUGACAGGAGGUCGCCUUCAUCGUCUCCUCCAGACUUUGCAUCGCGCGUGCCUUCGAGGAAACUGCGAUGCUUGGAUAUUUAAUUUGGGAAAAAAUAUUGUAAUGUCCAAUGUUUUCGAAAAAACAUCUUACAAUUUUCCAUCAUCAGGAUCCAAACAGAAUUGUUCGUACCUUCACCAUCUGAUUUUUCUCGACAAAGAGCUAGAUAGGCUUUUCACUCUACCGGGUCAGUUUUCUGACAGCCUUUCAUAAAGUGCUCAUAUUUUGACUAAUGAGUCCAUUUUUUGAAUCACAGUGUGCCUCAAGGGCAUAACAGAAGUUUCUGGUCCUUGUUGUCUCCUUUGUAACAGAUAACUUACAGCGGCAGUAUUUAUCUUUUUUAAAAGAAUUCAUUUUUACAUGCAGUAGUUGCCGAGCAACUUUUAACUAUACUGAAUUGCACAAUUCAAGCUAUCUGACACUCAGCUUACUUGAGCUUAAUAGAGAAAAUGCUAAUUUAUCAUAAAAUAUAUAUGGUACUAGACUAAAAAGAUCCUUUUCCUUCAGCAUUAUCUGCAAAAUAAAACACAUGUUGGUUGUCAAGAUAAAUGAAAAUCAGCCGACUCUUUGCCAAAGUUUUCCUUUCAGUGGAUUACUGUUCCUAGAAUUUUCUCAAACCUGAAUACUGUUAGAAGACUAAUUUAUUUUGUAUGUAUUGUAUAGAUGCAUAAAGUAUAUAUUUAUUAUGUCUUAACUACUCAAUGGCUGCUUACUUGAGCUUAAUAGAGAAGCUGUCCAUAUUGCUUUCUUCAAAUAGAGAUUAUUAAUGAUAAUUAUGCCAAAAUGCAUUUGCAUAUAAUUUUUGUUAGCUAUUCUAUCGUUUUUAAUUGGUAACUAAUAAAUCUGCUUUUCUAAACUUUAUAAAAGCCUUAAUUUUUUAGGAAGAUACAUCACUUAAGAGUACAUUUACUUUUUUAGAAAAUAAAAAAAUGGUACUGCAUUGUAGCUAAAUUGGUGGUUCAUUUGUCGAACACUGAUGGCUGCUAUCGCAUUACUUGAAAUAAUACGAAAUUUGGUGACAGUACCGUAUUGUAACGUCCAACUAAACGUUUAAACACUUGCUUCCAUAUGUCCUUGUUCCUUUCUAUAACCAGCUAUAUACUUGUAAAAAGAUGGAUAAAGUUCCUGAGAGAAGAAAGACGACUUUGUGUUUUAAUGUUAUAUUUAAGAUAAUUAUUUUUUAUACUAAAAUAAAGUCAUGCAUUUAUUCUAAA